UAGCCGUUAGCCGAGCAGCAGCAGCGGCGUCCAUGGAAAGUCGGAAGUUGUUUUUAUAUUAUUGAAACUUAACAAAAUGGCAGAGGACAACAGCUAUGAGUCCAUGCUUUGUGUAAAGCCAGAAGUUCACGUUUACCGGAUUCCCCCGCGGGCUUCAAACCGCGGAUACCGUGCUGCUGAUUGGAAGCUUGAUGAACCUGCAUGGAGUGGAAGAAUGAAAAUUACAGCUAAGGGGAAGUUAGCCUUCAUCAAGUUGGAGGACAAAAACACAGGAGAACUGUUUGCACAAGCUCCAGUUGAACAAUAUCCAGGCUGUGUUGUUGAAGCAGUCACAGAUUCCAGCAGGUAUUUUGUCAUCCGGAUAGAAGAUGGCAACGGACGUCAUGCUUUCAUCGGUCUGGGUUUCGCUGAUCGUGGAGACUCAUUUGACUUCAAUGUUGCCUUACAAGAUCAUUUUAAGUGGGUCAAGCAAGAGGGUGAACUUGCAAAGAUGGAAGCCUCACAAAUCGCAGCACCUAAACUGGACUUGAGCUUCAAAGAAGGCCAGACAAUCAAGAUCAGCAUCGGGAAUAUUAAGAAGAAGGAUGCAGUUGGUGGUAAAGCACGUCCCAUGGGCGGUGGCCUGCUGCCUCCUCCCCCAGGAGUAAAGGUGGGAAGUGUCCUGCCACCUCCUGCUGGACAGCCUACAGUCUCAGCCCAGCCUUCUACCCCAGCUCCACUUUUAGACUUUGGUGCUCCCGCCUCUGCAGCCCAGCCCACCUCUGACGUGUGGGGGGAUUUCACAUCUGCAGGAUCAAACUCCGACAAUGAUGCUGUCAAAUCAGGAUGGGUGCAGUUUAGUUGAGUUGGGGAGAGAAAACAAAAGAAAAGAAACCUGCACAUACUCAGGUUUUAUACAUUCCAGGACAGCAUGACUGUGAGGAAGAAACAAAAAGCAUGAACUUUUGGUAGAUUUCAAUACUUACUCUGUUCAUAUAAAGGAUAGCCCGCUGACCAAGACAUUCUGAGGAACAAACAUUAAUGCACGUGUUAUUUCCAAUCCUUUUUCACUCUGCUAUGCAGUGGGGUAGCGUUUAGUUGUCACUCUGCUCCUAAAAGCAAGUGUCUAAUUGAAAGGAAAAUCACUCAUCACACUAACAAGGUAAAAUAUUUCUUCACUGCCCUAAUUUAUACGUUCCUCAUUUUCCUCAUUUCUAGUCAUUUGUAUUGUUGGUCUGCCCAGAGUCAGAUUUCACCAUCUGUGUCUUCAUGACUUCAUGCAUACAUGUUCCUGCUGCUGUCCGAGAAUGAUCUCAUUACACCAGCAUCACUCAUCUCAACGUUUCUUUGCCUUUUAGGGAAAUUAGUUUUGACUGUUUUUUUUUGUUUUUCUUUCUUUGUAAUUGUUACUAUUUUUCUGUUUUGUAUUUUAGUAGCUCUUUCUUAAUUUUAUUCAAAUAUGAUCAUUAAUUUCCUUUUUUGAUGUGGGGAAAAAAGUCAUGCCCCUGUUUUCAACAUGAUUUUUUUUUAAUGUUUAUGCUGUGGAAAGCCCCUGUAUGUCAGUACUUUUCAGAAUGUGCCUUUUAUCCAACCAAAUGUCCCCUCUCUCCCGUAUGCUGAUUAAGUGCCUUCCUGAAGAAUACUUAAAAUGUAUAAAAUCUAAACCUAUGUCUUUAUGUAAAUAAACUAUAUUUCUUUGUCCUGUU